GCUGGAAAGGAGGAGGGAGAAUGGGCACGCCGAAGGCUGGGCAUCAGACUUCCAAGGUCGCUUGUGGGCUGCGCCAGCGCGCCUUGGAAUCUCACCCUGACCUGAGCCUGGAGGUACCUAAACCGAGGUAGAAAGUUUGGUUCCUCUGUAAUGGAGAGCAGGAACACUCUGGAUCAGGAUGAAGUUCAGAAACCGGAGCCUGGGAGAAAUACGGGAAACCAUAACAAUUCGAAUACGGAUUUGCAAGUCACCUACACCCAAGAAGCAGUUGCGUUUUUUCAUUUACAUCAAACACGUCAUUUUGAUGAGUUUGAAUACCCUUCAGAUCAAUACUGCAAGCAGGAUCUCUUCCCCAAAUGGCACUUGCCACUGAAGAUAGCGUCUAUAGCCUCAUUGCUAAUAUUUAUCUAUACUUUUCUGAGAGAUGUCGUCCACCCUUUUGUCACUACUAAUGAAAACACUUUCUAUAAAAUUCCAAUCCUGGUCAUAAACAAAGUUUUACCAGUGGUUUCAAUCACCCUUCUGGCACUGGUUUAUUUACCAGGAAUAUUAGCUGCAGGUUUCCAGCUCCACUAUGGGACCAAGUAUAAACGAUUUCCACAGUGGCUGAAUGGCUGGAUGUUAUCAAGAAAGCAGCUUGGCCUUCUCAGUUUUUUCUUUGCCUCAAUGCAUGCAUGCUAUAGCUUGUGCUACCCAAUGAGGAGAUCUUACAGAUACAAGCUGUUGAACUGGGCGUACCAACAGGUCAAGCAAAAAAAGGAAAAUGCCUGGAUUGAACAUGAUGUCUGGAGAAUGGAGAUUUAUGUGUCUCUAGGAAUUCUGGGGCUAGCUCUGCUGACCAUACUGGCAGUAACAUCAGUUCCAUCUGUCAGCCAUUCUUUGACCUGGAGAGAGUUCCACUGUAUUCAGGUACACAUAAACAGUGCAUGUGAUCUGUGUGCUCUUGGAGGAUUUUAUAUUAUAGAUUAAGAUCAGCAGUAAUAGCCUUUUUUUAAAAUAUCAGAACAUCACAGUGCUCAUGGAAACCAGUCUGAAAGUUUACUCAGUGUCAUUUGCCAAUUGCUUUGCAACAAACAUUCUACUUUAUUUGUUACAUGGAAAAAAAAGAUUGACAUAUUGGUAGGCUAAAAUGUUGUUGCAGAUUAGAGAUUGUUAAUGACAAGGAGUAUCCCCACACCUGUAGGGCACUAGUUCUGGUGUCACCAACUUGAUAGUCUUGGUUCUAAAAAGUCAGACUGCUGUUCCAUGGCCUACUGCAUGAGAAAUGAGACUGUGGGCUCAGUGCAGUCCAUCACAAAAAACACUCCCACAAUUUGCACCUUUGUUGGAGGCUUGAUCAUAAAACCAAGUAUUAGAAGGGUGUUAACAUGAGAUUAUUUUGAGUCCAGAACAGGAUCACGCUAUGUUGGCAGGGCAGCAGAGAGGCAUUUGUACUACCACAUCCUAUAUCAAACCAUUAAGGCCAGAUCCUUGGGACCAAGCCAACUUGUGUUCAAUAUAGGAGACAAGGUAGGGGGAAAGGCCACUUUUCUGCUCCACUAAUCCAGGGGCUGGCCACUGACAGUGAUGGUUACUUGGGGAUCAUUCCAUUGGCCAAGUAUCAUUGCCAUAAAAGGCAUUUCAGUAAUACCUUGGUCCAUUCCUACUGGCCCAGAUAUGCCUUGAUGUGCCUCAGCAGCACAAAGCAGACGGAAGGGAGGGCAAGGAUCAGGUCCUUACCAUAAACAUAGGCUUUCACUCUCCCUCUCCAGCAAAAAAGGUAUGUUCAAAGCAAAGGAAUCUAGUUGAAAAGGUAAGGGGUCAAAUUCUGCCCAUAGGUACACCUAAUCAAUCUUACAUAUGUACCAAGCUCAGCAUCCACAUGUGCUUGCUUCAGCCACCUAAACAUCCGUUUGAGGGGCUGGGGUUUUCUUCUAAAUUACAUUAGCAUUAAUUUAAAAAGACUCCCCUGAAGUCACUGAGGUUAUACCAGUGUAAAACUGGUUUAGCAGAGUGGUGAAUCAGGCCCUGAGCACCUAAACAUGAACGUUUGAUUACCUAUUAAGCACUCUGCAUUAGGUCAUCAAUGAGUAUCUCCUGACAAUGCAGUGAUGGGGGAUCAUAUAUACUGUAACUUGAGAUGCAAUCAGUUGUGGGGAAAAUUCUCAGGUGUAUAGAGAGUAGCUGGGGAAAGGUAGUCAGAAGGGGCCUCUACUUCACAAUUUUGGUUAUUCAUAUUAAAGUACUGUUAUCCCUUUUUGACCCAACCAGUAAGCCAAGAUUCAGGAUCUAGAGGGUUGUUUCAGUAGAGGAGAAAUAGCUGAUACUUCAGUGUUUCUCUGAUAAAAUUCUGUUAAUUUCCAAAGAAAAACCUGUCAAAGUCCUGUUUCCCUGAACACAGCAGGAAUCAAAUAGCACAAGACAGUUUCGUUUCUCUCAGUUCCAGCCAGCACUUAGCCCAAAAGCUCUCUCAGGGACACAUUCCCAGGGCUGGUUCUGACUGUGCCCUUGGCCUUCUACUGCUUGUAUCUCAGCUUCUGUGGUGUUUUUCCUUCCCUCCUGCUUUUAUCACAGACACGCACAUCUCCACUAAAACAAUAGCCAGUGAAACCCCUUCACCUAUGUGGCUCUGUUUCUGACCUGUCUUGCGUCUGCCAUUCUUCUGAGUAAUGCGCCUAGAGUUUCAGCGUCCCAGUUCUCUAGAGGAGCUCAAUAGCUUCUUAUGCUGUCCUAAAUGAAAGGGCAGCAGUUAUGCCCACCUUCUUCUUCAACUAGGCGUCGCCCAGCCCAUACCAGCAGCAAGGUAAAGAAGCCCAUCUAACCAGAAGAAUAACACUAAUAUGCUAGAUUAGUCUUGUAAACAAAUAAUGCAUCAAUCUGAUUAUGUGAAGGGAUAUCUAGAACAGUGUAUGAUUUCCCAGUGAUUACUAUGAAAAGUUAAGUUAAAAAAAAACAAUUUUUGUUUUCACGGAAAAUUCAAAUCCAGUGGUGCUACUAGUACUUUUUUCUCUUAGGGCCCAAUCCUGAAUUCCCUGAGCAUCCUAAAUCAAAUCCAGUGACGUCAGGGGGAGUUAUUUCUUUAUGAGGAAGGUAGCACCGAGCUCUUCUACAGUUAUUAAAUGGGGCUGUUGUUUUUUCAUUGCGUGGAACAUCAGAAGCUCCUGAUUGUAAUAAUUUGCUUUGCAAGAAAUUUUAAAAAAAAAUCUAUCUUUGUUCUUAUAGAAAUAAGGGUAGAAAAGGCCUAACAAAGCAUCAAGUCACAACCAUCCUUCUGCUAAUGCAGGAUAAAAAUGGCAUGUGGGGAAACUGAGCUGAUAUCAAGAAUGAACUUAUGUCUUCUGAGGAAAGUACGAUUUGUACGUAGCACCAUAGACCACCCAUCUCUCUUGACAUCUCAUUUAUACCGCUGCUACAUGGAAAAGUUGCAAAAAUGUGCCCAAUCUUUCUCCCAUUAAAGUCGAAGAGAAUUUUGCCACUACUUUGAUGGGUGUAGGAUUGAGCCCCUUAGUUACUGAAUUAAUGAUCUUUGAUCUGAUCAAAAGCCCAGUGACAUUUGUGGGUUAUGCAUCAAGCCCUUGGUGCUUACGACGUCUGCCUAAUAAAGUACAUUUUUUACUGUUAUUGGGGAAAAAAAUUAACUUGUGUUCUUUUCUCUUUCCAGAGCAAGAUGGGGUAUUUAGCUUUGCUGCUAUGCACAGUUCACGCAUUGGUAUUUGCCUGGAAUAAAUGGGUUGACGUAAACCAAUUUGUGUGGUACACCCCCCCUACAUUUAUGAUCGCCAUUUUUCUUCCUAUUAUAGUCCUGCUUUGUAAAAGCGUCCUGCUUCUCCCAUGCCUUAGGAAGAAGAUCCAGAAGAUCAGAUGCGGUUGGGAUGCUAAUAUAGAGAUGAAUAAAACACAGAUGACUUCCAGACUGUAGAUUGAAUGAGUAUUUAUCAUGCUGCCAUGUAUAGAUUUAAUGAGCUCUAUGAAAUGGUCACAUAUUGGUGGGGAGGGGGUUUGCAUGCAUUGGUUAAAUACUCUUUGUGUAUUUUUCAUUUCCACUUUUGUUUGGGGGUGUGGCAUCUGUGUUCUCCUCUGACUUGAUCUGGGAUAAGGGAGUAUCCUUUACUGAGACAGUGGAUUGAAUUGGGUUCCUCAGGCAUUGACUCAUUUCUUUAUUCUGAGUCUUAUGCUGUUUAAAAUCCAAUUCUUCAUUUCCACAAGUAAAACAAUCAUCAGCCAUAGGGAAAGGCAAUCAUAAAUCCCGGCUUGACAUGUUGACUACAGAAGGUCAAUAAGAUAACGAUUUGAAAGAACCAGAUCUGACUCUUAUACUACAGAGGGUGUUUCCCAGUGCUUGCUAUGUUUAAGGUAACACAUGUCACAUUUUUUCCCCAUUCCUUUUUUCCCCUCUUUUAUUAUUAUUUUUUUUCCUAUUUGCUUCUUUAUUUAUUUUUGAGGCUGAACAUCUUCCAUGCUUUUGGCAGGAGCAAGCAGACACUUACACAUGUGCUUAACUUAACUCGCAUAAGUCCUCCCAGUGACUUCAGUGGGGCUGCUCACAUGAGUAAAGUUAAGAUCAUGCAUAAGUGUUUGCAGGAUUGACCUUUACUCUGUACCCCAGGGUGAUUUUAUUUUUCAGUUAAGCCCUUUUAGACACUUCUGACCAAAUAGGGUGGAGUGGGGGAGAAAUGUCAGAGAAUAAACAACGCUUUGAAACUUAGCAUUGACAUAGUCCUUACUGAGAAUUUUUAAAAUAUUAAAUCAAUUCUGAAUAUACUUAAUCAAAGCUAAUGAAUCCUUGCAUUCUCUGUGAUAGCAGCAGCUGAUUGAAUGAUAUUAGUUGCAUGAUUCACUUGACAAAUGUCAGGAUAUUUUUCAAAUAAAUAAUGCAGUGACUACUCUUUUUUCA